UGAGACUUAAAAUAAUACAAAACAACUGGGUUGGAAUCCCUGGAACUUUACAUGGAGCUAUGACACUAACUGCAUCAGACAGAGCCCGACCUAACUUUCAAAAACUUGCCAACCAUGCCUACAUCAGGCCCUUCAGGUGUGUUCUAAUCAGCAGGUCUCUCUUUAGGCCAGCAGCAGCGGUGACAGCACCCAGUCUUUGGUUAUGAAUCGUGCUGAUUAUGAUCUUAUUUCUCAUUUUAAUCUAUGCUGCUUGACAUAAAAUCUACCUGCUGUUUACUAAACCUGUUGACUGAGCAACUUGGCCUCUUUAAUAUUCCAAAUGUGGAUUUAAUGGAUGACAGUGAUGAGAGUGAAGUAGAUGAAAGUGCCCUUGAAUCUGAACUUGAAGCAUUGCUUAGUGGUAAAGUGGUUUCUAAACCAAAAAGAUCAAAACCAAAAGCCGAGCCUACUGUGGACAUAGAAAAAAUUGCUGAAAGUUUGCUUCAUGAUGAUGAUGGUGAGGAGGAAGAUGAAUCCAAUUUAUCUGCUGAUGAAGAUCUUUUGAAUGAGCUUCAAUUAAUUGCUACUGAAACUCCUCCAGAGGAACAUGCAACUGAAUGUUUACCAAAUGAACCUGAAAAGGAAACAUCAUCUGAAAAAUCACUUACUGAAGCAUGUGAUGGUUCAGUUGUUGCUGUUCUAGAAGAAAGGUUGAAUAUGUAUAAUGAAGCAAUUAAAGCUGCAAAAAUGAUAGGAGACAAUUCCAAAGUGCGUCGCUAUGAUAGAGCAGCAAAGACUUUAAAAAAGUUACUCAGUUCUGCAAAAUCUGGUGCCUCUGUCAGUGCUGAAGAUAUUCCGCCUGUGGUUAGUAUACCCAAAUCUCCACAGAAAAGAGCAACAGCAGUUUCAAGAGAUGUAUCUGAGCCGAAACCUUAUGUACCAGAACUAUCUGCCAUUGAUGUCACUGAACCUUCCCCAUCUCAACAAAGCAGUACUGGUCUAAUUUCUCCAGAAUUAAUUCAGAAUUCUAAUUUAUCACAGUCAGAAAGGCUUUCUUUAAGCCAGAAUUUAAUUGUGAGAAAAAAUCAAUACAAGAAGGCAGCUCUUCAAGCAAAGCGUGAUGGAGAUAAAAAUGCAGCAUUAGAAUACCUAAAAAUUUCAAAAAUGUGUGAUGCUCUGAUUGAGUCUUUGGAGCAAGGAGAAAUUGAUUCAACAGAGAUCCCUCCUCCACCUCCAGAUCCAAAUUCAAGCAGCAUAGUUAUCAAAACUGAUUCUCAGAAAAAGGGUCAUGAUGAGACCCAGACUUCAGCUGGAGGAGAAAUUUCUCUUAAUGAGCCAGAAGAUCCUGCAAUUUUUGAUGCUCCGCCACCUCCUACUACAAUUCUUGAAGCACUGCAACAAAGACUUGAGAAGUACACUAAGACGAAAGAAGCUGCUGAGUUGGAGAGAAACAGUGGGAAAGUUAGGCGACUUCAAAGAAUAAUCAAACAAUAUCAAGUGGCAAUCAGAGAUUUUAAAGCUGGGAAAGAAGUCAAUUUUGAUGAGCUCCCAACACCUCCAGGCUUUGCACCUAUACCUAUUGGUAAUCAAUCUUCUGUCCUAACAUUGGCUCCAAAGAAACCAGCAAGUCCUUGCACCCAGGAGCAAAAUAUUGACCCUGCUAAAUCUGCCAUCAAGAAAGUUGAAGAAAAGAGCACUCCAUCUGUUCCUCAAAGAAAACCAAAAGUUCAAAGAACAAAUACAGUAGUAGACAAACAACUUGAUUUUCUAUUAGAACGUCAGAAACUGUUUAGACAAGCAGCUCUUGAAGCUAAGAAAAAUGGAGACAUUCAACAAGCUAAAGAAUAUUUGCGUAUGAGCAAGGGGUUUGAUUCCAUGAUAGAAGCAACAAAAUGUGGUCUGCCGAUUGAUGCAUCAACUAUACCGACACCACCCCAGCUAGAAUCAGAAUUUGUGAUCAUCGAUGUAGCAGAAUGCAUUGAAAGUGAUAUAGGAAAUGCAGAAGAAACUUUCCAGACUUUAGAGAAAGACUUGUUGCACCAAAUUGAAGCUUGUACUAAAAAUAAGGAACACUUUCUUCGUCUUGGGGAUGUGUCAUCUGCAUCAAAAUUUGAAAAAUUUGGCUUAGAAUCAAAAAAGGAUCUUUUAGUAAUACAACAUCUGCGAAAAACUGGUGGUCUAGCACCAAAAUUUCAUUAUGAAACUCGACUUUUUUCAAUGGUUAAGUGCCAUACUGAUUUGGGAGAUAAUGACUUGGAAGUAACUGUUGAACGUGGUAUAAAUUUACCUGGGAAACCGGAUGACCUGGAUUCAUAUGUUAGACUUGAAUUUCCAAUACCUACAGAAGCUCCCCAGAAGGCAAAAACUCAUACAGUCCGUGACACUAAUAAUCCAGUUUUCCAAGAAGAAUUUAAAUUUGAAUUUAAUCGAAAAUCACGUUCACAAUUGCGUCAGUUUAAGAGGCAGUCACUGAAAUUAGAAGUUUGGGCUAAAGGAGGCUUCUUAAGAAGUGAUGUGCUUCUUGGAACAGCAAGUAUUAAAUUGGUAGACUUGGAAUCAGUAUGUUUAAUUCAUGAUUGUUUUAAUUUAAUGGAUGGUCGCAAAGCAUGUGGAGGCAAGCUGGAAAUUAAAGUCAGAAUAAGAGAACCAUUACUUACCAAGCAAGUUGAAGAAACCUGUGAGAAAUGGUUGGUUAUUGGUAGCUGAUAUUGGUUGCUGUGUAACCUGUCUUGUAGAUAUGUUUAAUUAAUGAAGAUAAAGCCAUGUAUAAACAAAAUUAUGAUUAUAAAUUUCAAAAUAGAUUUUUCUGCCAUGAUUACUGAAAAAUGAACUUUAUAUUCCUGUUAUAAAUUUGUUUUAAUAAUAAAUUUAGGAAAUACAUAAAAA